CCGAAUCGCCUAUACAGAGUAUACACAAUUCGGUACCACCCGCCAAGCCACCUGGAGCAGUUCAUCGCUCCACUAACGCCAACACUGUUGCUAUGCUGACGCAGUGACGAUUUUAUUGAAUUAAAUGCCAUGUUUGAGAUUAUACUGCGUAACAGCACAGUUUAUCAAGACUCAACAAUUGGAGGAACACGAUAAGAUAGCGAAGAUCGACCUGGGAAACGCAAGACUGGUACAAUCUUACAAACACUUACUACACAAAAUCAAUACAAAUGACCUCCUCGAAAACACAGAAAAUUUCGAAAUGACAGUAAACGACUUAAGGCAUAUAGAAUUUUCUGAAGAAAUAAUUGAAGUUUUAAAAGAAAAGGUAGACCAGCUAAAAAUCAAAAUUAAAGCAUUAGUACCUUCAAGAAGGGAAAAAAGAGGAUUGGUUAACGGCUUUGGCAGCUUAAUAAAAGUUGUAACAGGAAAUAUGGACGCUAAAGACGCCCAACAAAUAAAUGAUAAGUUUAACGUUGUUAAGGAAAACGAAGAUCAAAUUACACAAAAAAUUAACCAACAAAGUAUACUUAACCAAGAAAUUACCUUAAGAUUCGAAAACAUUACACAACACAUAAACCAAGAACAAACAACUAUUAACAACUUCAUUAAAAAUUACAACAACAAUAUAUAUAAAACACUUAAUGACGAACACAACCAAAUACAGUUACUCCAAUACAUUACUAGAAUUAACUUUAAUAUAGAUAUUUUACAAAACCACAUUAAUAGCUCAGCGGAAAGCAUUUUGCUAACUAAACUCAAUAUAAUACCUAAAUUCAUAUUAUCAGAAACAGAAAUCGAAUCCAUAAACAAAUUUAUAUCCAAUCAGAACAUAAUAGCAGAAUCCGAAGAACAUUUAUAUAGAUUGCUAACCUUAGAAACUUAUAUUGAUAAAUCAUACAUAAUAUUCCAUGCCAAAAUACCUUUAUUUAAGACACAAAUUUUCCAAUUAGCACACGUGGUCCCUCGGCCACUACAUCAAACUAAAUUCUUAAUCACACCUAACUACAUUUUAUAUAACCAAAACGACCAAGUUAUGAUACGUACUUCGAAGAAAAGUGUCCGAAAAUACAUACGACCUAUAUAUGCGAAAGUGCUCGAGCACAAACCAACUUAAUCGACAUCAGCUGUAUCAAAGGAAUACUCCAAGGUCAAACAACGACAUGCGACAUUAAAGACAUCGGACUGCAAGAAAUCAUCAAGGAAGUGGAACAACGCCACAUCUUCAUAUUCAACACCGUGAGAACCAACAUCACAUCCUCUUGCCGACCUCCCUUCUUAAUCAAUGGGUCAGUGAUACUAACAUUUAACAACUGCACGGUCAAUAUUAAUGGCCUAACAUAUGACGAUACGUUGAUGGAAUUCGAACAGAAAACAGAACUCUCAAUAGAGUGGUUCAAGAAGAUUAAUAAUAACAACACGUUCGAUGGCAUAAACCUGAAUAAACUUCACCUACGGUCUCUGUCCAGCCAAGACGACCUAAUUGUCAUGAAAACCUCAGCAACAAACCAUCUUUACACAAUUUACAUUUUAUCAUAUUUGCCUUAUUGACCAUAUGUGCAGCAUGUAACCUGACAUGUAGGAAAAGGAGCAUAAUUUUCGACUCGACAGAGCUCCCGUUGAAUUACGCUCCGGCCAUUCCAUCAAUGUGGCCGUCACUCCAUUCCAGGGGGGAGGAGUUACCGAAUCGCCUAUACAGAGUAUACACAAUUCGGUACCACCCGCCAAGCCACCUAGGAGCAGUUCAUCGCUCCACAAACUCCAACACUGUUGCAAUGCACUAACUCCAACAGUGUUGCAAUGCUGACGCAGCAGUGGACAGGAUGUCGAUUGCGACAGUUUUGGUAAACAAAACUAUAACUGCCGCAGCAGCAUUUCGGACAAUGAAAACACAGCACAUUCUUGUAAACAUUUUAGCUUAAGUUUUUAUUCGACUAAUAAAUUAGAG